GUCGUCGUCGUCGUCGUCGUCGUCGUCGUCGUCGUCGUCGUCGUCGUCGUAGUCGUCGUAGUCGUCGUCGUCGUCGCGUCGUCUUUGUCGCAUCGUAAUGUGCCUAUGACGAGGUGAUGAACGGCCGGCGUCGCAGUGUCGAGCGUCGCAGUGACAGUAGUGUUCGUCGUCCCGCCGUUGGACGAUGACGAUUAGCGGAGCGAACAGCAGCAUCGUGGUGGUCGCCACCGCUCGUAGUUUACGUCGCGCGAGGGAAAACAGUGUGCUCUGUGUGAUCUAGUGUACUUCUACCUGCGCACAGAACGCAUAUAUAUCUAUACAUACAUAUAUAUGCGUCGCGCACUUACGCACGUGUACAUACAUAUUUGCGCGGAACGCGUAUGUAUGCGAGCGACCGAUCAUUCUUGGAUUACGCCUCGUCGUCGCGGAGGAGAUUCCUUCGCGGUCGCCUCUAAUCAAGGAUAAUGCGAUAUUGCAGUCGUCGCAGAGUGCGCCAAUAAGCCGCGCGUUCACAUCUACCUCGUAGAGAGAGCUCUUUCUUCCUCCCGGGGGGAUCGGCGGUGGUGGAGCAACGCUAUCAGCAACGGCGGCGAUCGGCAUCGGAGUGCAGCCGUUAUCAUCCGGCUAUCAUAGCACAGUGCCACCCCAGAGCGGAAGGGGUGGUUCGCCACUUCGUUUCGCGGCGAUGGUAGCAGCUGCCUCCGCUACGGCCACCGCCACUGCCAGCGUGGUGGCCAUGCAGGACCGCCAGGACAUCCCCUCGCAAUUCAAUCAGAUGCAGAGCCAACAUGGAAUACCCCACCAAACGUACAACGCGGGGUACGGCCAAAGAGGACCAAUGGCAGGAAUGGGGCCAGUCGGGAUAAACAACUUUAACGGCAUGGGCACGAUGAGCCCGAUGCACACUAUGAAUUCCAUGAAUUCGAUGAACAGUAUGAAUGGAAUGAACACGAUGAAUCCUAUGACAAUGGGAGGAAUGAACGGUAUGAAUAGUAUGAACGGUAUGAAUGCUAUGAGCGGAAUGACACCCAUGAACUCCAUGAGCAACAUGGGUAACGUAGCCAUGAACAACAUGAUGGGACCCAACAACAUGCAAAUGAACAAGAUGCAGGCUCAGCCGCAUCAAGGCUACCCGCGGAGAUUAGCGCCUUAUCCGAACCCAGCCAUGCAUAUGGCGCAAAAACGGCAGCAGGUUCCGUAUGCUGCUCAGAAUCCAGCGGCUAUGCAGCAGGGUUUCAACGGCAUGACGGCAGCACCGAAUUAUCCGAACACCUAUCCCACUGGGGCGAGGCCGAGUUUUCAGCAACAAUAUCAGUCUAUGCAAAACAUGAAUCCUACGGCGGCCGGUUUCGGGCCCAACGCGAUGAUACGAGCGACGACUAUGAGACAAACGGCGCCGGCUUACAAUGCCCCGUCCCAGACGGCCGCAGCGAACCAAUACGGUUACGCUAGUAACGGCGUUCCUGGUGUCUGCAUGGUUCCACCUACUUCGGUCGGCAACCAGUUCGGUCAUCAGCCGAACACGGGAUACGGUGGCGGUAACGCGUCAUACGGCGCGUCAUCUGUGGCGACCAGUCAAUACCAGCAAGAUGUGGUAUCGAUGAGAUCGACGAACGGGGGCAACAUGAAUUAUCAGCACAGUCCCAUUCCUGGCAAUCCGACGCCUCCGUUGACACCCGCCACUAGCAUGCCGCCUUACAUCAGUCCGAAUCCGGACAUUAAGCCUAAUUUCAACGAGAUGAAAUCGCCAGUCAACAUUCAGAGUGAUGAAUUGAGACUAACAUUCCCCGUAAGAGACGGCAUAAUUCUUCCACCUUUCCGCCUAGAGCACAAUUUGGCUGUUAGCAAUCAUGUGUUCCAACUGAAGUCCACGGUACACCAAACGCUAGUGUGGCGAUCAGAUCUGGAGCUACAGCUCAAAUGUUUCCAUCACGAGGACAGACAGAUGAACACGAACUGGCCGGCGAGUGUGCAAGUUUCCGUUAAUGCAACUCCGCUCGUGAUCGACCGCGGGGACAACAAAGCUUCCCACAAACCUCUCUACUUGAAGGACGUCUGUCAAGCAGGAAGGAACACAAUACAGAUUACCGUAUCCGCAUGCUGUUGUUCGCACCUAUUCGUACUUCAAUUGGUUCAUCGACCCAGUGUACGAAGUGUACUUAGUGGAUUACUACGUAAAAGGCUGUUAACGGCAGAGCACUGUAUAACGAAAAUCAAAAGAAAUUUCAGUAACUCGAUGUCGAACAAUGGUAUACAAUCGGAGAAAGAUGUAGUGGAACAAACAGCACUAAAGUCAUGCGCAUCUUAUUGCGUGCAGGUACUUUUAAAAUGUCCUAUCACCCACAAACGCAUUACACUGCCAGCCAGAGGACACGAGUGCAAGCAUAUACAGUGUUUCGAUCUGGAAUCGUAUUUGCAAAUGAAUUGCGAACGAGGAAACUGGAGGUGUCCAGUAUGCUCGAAAUCUGCACAGCUGGAAGGCCUAGAGGUCGAUCAGUAUAUGUGGGGUAUUUUGACUACAUGUGCGGAAGUUGACGAAGUGACGAUAGACUCCCUUGCUAAUUGGCAACCCGGAAAGAACUUAACUGGUAUUAAAUCCGAAGAAGAAAACGAUUGUAAAAGAACGACCAAGGCCAUGUCGCCAGGCAGUAUGAAUAUGCCAACGAUGAACAAUUGGGAUAUGAAUCAAGCUAUGAGUCCUUACAUACCGCCCGAUAUGAACAGCAUUGUGAGCGGUUCGAUGAUGAACAAUACAUCUUCCACGUAUCCAAACAACAGUAUAAAUCACCGAAACACGUCCGGUGGAACGUACGAGAUAAACUCUGGAACGAAUACCAUUGGCAAUAAUGAUUAUGUCAGUGGAACGGGUCCGCUCUCGCACUUAAACGAGUCCGUUAAUUCUUUAGAUCCUCUCAAUGCUAUGGAGAAAUCACUCAACGACCAGAUGCCUCAUACUCCUCAUACGCCGCACACACCGCAAUCUACCCCUCACACGCCGGCUGGUGGUGCUAGUGGGCCACCGAGCGUUCCGCCUCCGUCGCAAGAAUCCACGGGAAACCAUAAUACCUCCGGCAAUACGAAUACAACCAUAAAUAACGACACCGCGGCAGACAUACCAUCAGACUUAAAUUUCGAUCCCGCUGCAGUUAUAGAUGGGGAAGGUACAGGUCAAGAGGCGUUAAAUCUCUUGCCAGACAAUGUAGAUGCAAUGGAACUUCUCUCGUAUCUCGAUCCACCGGACCUAAACACUCCACCUAGCAGCGGAGCUAGUAGUGGUAAUCCUUCCUCUAACGACGACAUAUUGGCACUCUUCGAAUAAGAAAAACAUGAGGCGAGUGACUAUUUCGUCAAGAUGUAAUCAAACUGUGACCCCUUACUUUGUAAUAGAAUGAUAAACGGAGUGAACAUCUUGCUGCAAACGUCCUUCUGACUACAGUAGACUUUCGUGCAAAUUUCUUAGAAUCCUAUGAUGAGUGAAUAAAGUUAAACAAGAAAUUAAAUCUUAUUGGGGUCACUGUGGGUGCUCUCACCUAUUCAAUGGUACAAAUAAUUCUUAGUUAUAAUUAUAAUAUUCCUAUUAAAAUUAAAGUUAAACGGCUAGGGUUAAAAAAAUGAUUUUUAAUGAUAAUACAGCAAACACCAUACUAUUUGUAAAGACGUUAUUGCAUGGACAGCAUUAUCGAUAUGUAUGUGUAUGUAUAUACAUAUAUACACAUACAUACAUUGAAAGGUGUUUUUGAAAAUAGAGAGAGAGAGAGAGAGAGAGAGAGAGAGAGAGAGAGAGAGAGAGAGAGAGAGAGAGAGAGAGAGAGAGAGCGUUAAAUAAAUGCAAAUAUUCUAGAAAUGAUUUUAAGACAGCAUAAUUUAAAUAUAAAUGAAACAUAUUCAAAAAUCAUUCUUUAAUAUUAAAUUAAUUGUUUAAUAUUAAAAAAAUCAUUGUUUUGGCUCUAUUUUAUACGAUCGCCUUUACUUAUGAGUUUAUUUUAUUAUAACAAAAAUUACAUUAAUCAAUGAACUUUGAUUUUAUUCGAAUCAUUUUUCUAUAUUUGCUUAAAAGAAUUAUACUGUGCUUUUAUAUAUAUAUAUAUAUAUAUAUAUAUAUAUAUAUAUAUAUAAAUAUCGUUUCAGAGUAUUUUGCGUUUCGGAGCUGUUCUCGCAAUAAGGUUUUUAUACAUGAAAAUCGGUCUAUUCAAGGCUAUGAUAGACCUACGUCGUGAAAAGAAAAAUUCUUGUACAGACCUACUUUUGUAAAUAAAUUUUAAUCGAGAUAAGAUAUUCAUCGGCUGGGAAUUUCCCGCCUAUUGAUGAAUAUUGUGCAUAUAGUGUUCCUUUCCUUUAGAUUGUAGCGACAGAUGGAAAUGAAUAAACUAGGGGAUAUCGGGCUUCACACUGGAAAUUUAAUAAAAACAUGUGAUGUAUCUCCCGAGAUAAAAAUUGCAGAUAUGAAAUAAGAAAAAGAAUAUAAGAAAUUAUAGCGAAAUAAAUAAUGUCUUUAAAAGUCUAAUAAUUUUAUCAUUUUCAAAAGAUCUUAGCUCUGAAGAUAUUUCUGUAUGCAUACAUGAUAUAUUUUGAUUGUAAAUAAGUGAUGAUGAAAUAAUGCACGUGCAUUUAUGCAUUUAACAUUUGUAAAACUUUAAUACUGUAAACGUUAUUUGCAACAUUUUUCUAUCGCACUUAUAAUUUUCAAGUCACUAUGUUGGAAUUACAAUUUUCUAUUUUAGACGAAAUUUAUACAUACAUAUAUUUGUAUAUAUUUAUAUGUUAAUAUAAAUAUAUAUGUAAAUAUAUAUAUAUAUGUAAAUUUCGUAUAUAUAUGCAUAUAAAACAUUAUAUAUAUAAUAUGUGUAUGCAUGUAUACAGAUAUAUACAUACACAAUCUUAAAAAGAAGGGAAAUAGCAAGUUUGAUACUUCACAAUAUUGACAACCUCUGAAGAUACAUCCUGAGAACCUCAGAAUAUUUAUACAUAUAGAAUUUAUUUUCACAUUUUGAUAUAUGUCAAUACAUAUAUAUUUUGAGUUAGCUUGAAUUACUAAUAAAUAACUAAAUUUUCGUAUGAUACAUAACUUCAAAUUUAUUAAUUUAGAUUGAUAAACUUGUGUGAAUCAUAACUUUUUUUAAUUUUUAUCAUUGGGUUGCGGUGUGAACUGCUUUUGUAAUUAUUGUCAAUUAGAUUUUUCGUUACACGAUGUUCAAUAAAAUAAUUUCCAGAAAAUGUGUCGAUUGAAUAACGAAAGAUAUAAAUUAUGCAUGAAGCUAAUAGCAAUAUUUAUACAAGGCCUUAAAAAAAUUCGUAUGAUCCGUAUAUAUAAUCAAAUUUUAUACGAUGAGGAAGAAUCAAAAUUUUUCGUGGGAGAAAAAAUCUAUAUAUAAAUAUAUAUAUUGCGGAACAAUUAUGCACAGACUUAUUAUAUAUAUAAAAAUAAUUAUAUACUUCAACUUAUUAUUUAUGCAAUGAUUGCGUUUGUAACGGUUCAGCAUGCGAAAAUAAAUUCUGUAUAUCUCCUUGCACAAUCUAGCGGUAAACUGAUUUAUCGUUUCAUAAGAAUGUAAAUCAGGUAUCCGUAUAUAAGAAAAAUACUGCCAGAGUGAUACCGCCCAAGACCCCCUGCUUGUGUAGUGGUUAUAAACAUUUGUAUCUUUUGUGAUUAAAAGAGAAGAUAUACUUAAAGCGACUCGUGUAGAUUAUACAGAUUUUAUAUAAAAAUGUGUGUAUAUGUGUGUAUGUACACGUACACGCGUAUACACACCAGUGUGCAACGCUAGCGCACAGCGAAUGAUUGGACACAGUCAAGUUUCUAUGCAUAUAACUACUAUAAUUAUUGAGAUUUAGAUUUUAAUAUUACUUGUAUUAAGCGCGACUAUUGUAUAUUAUUUGUAUAUAUGGUAAAUAGAAUAAUAAUAUAAGAAAAAGUGGCAGAUACUUAUUGGCCAGUUAUAAUAGUAAAAUGAUUAUCCUAAUUAUUUCUCAGAACCAAAACGUACACGAGAUGUAUGAGGAUACUUUAAACUAGAGAAUGUAACAUGUAAAUGGCUGAUGAACGACGAUAACAAGUACAGUCGAAUAUUGUACUGUUAUUUCUCUAAUAGAAUUAUUACUUACUUAUUAAAAAAAAAAAAACAUAAUUACCUAAAGAAGUUUAUUCAAACUGUAAGCUUUACUUAGGAUUGCCAAGAAGUAGUAUACGCAACCCUGUUGCGAUUGUACAUAGGCAAUGUUUACCUAUACCUAGUUAAUAAUACCCCUAAAAUAUUAUACACGAUACACUGUCUUAGUUUAUGAGAGUUCUAGAGAUUUAUAGACAUUUCGUGAGAAACCACAUCUAAGAAAACAUAAAAAUCAUCUCAUUUGUGUUCUACAAAAAGUGAUAAUUGGAAUAAGAAGACAAGCUUUCUCAGUUACAUUUCUACAAUAAUUUUUCACACAAUUUGGAAAACAGGUAGAUGUUAAUGUUAAAAAAAAUACACAAUAUUUGUAUUAAGAGACGAUUUUUACGUCCUCUUUUUUUCUUUUUUUUAUACAGAUUAAUGCUUAAGACCAUAUGCCAUAUGCCGUAUUUGUAUGAAUUUUCGUCACAGUAAUAGGAAAUAAUUCAUUAUUAUCGAAACUUCUACAAAUCUCUGUGGCUCUAAGAUUACAAUACCUAUUUAUCUAUCGUUAGGAGGCCUAUAAUUUGAUUUUACAAUGCUCUACGAACAAAACAGUUAAUCCGCAUCCGUGGAUAACGAGUGUCGUCUUGUUCGAGGCCUGGAAACGUUACAAGAUAUUUUCAUGUAACCGUAUCGACUCAUGGUGUAUCGGCUGUGCCGAUCACGGGCUCUGUUUUUGUAUAACGUACGGAAUAUAUCCGAUAUCUUUAUAUGAUUACGCAUUGAAUAUUAUGAUAGUGUUUUUAAAAUUUAUUCACACGUCUCAUAAUUUUUUACCAAAUAUCAUAUCAGUUAAUUCACAGCGAUGUUUCAUGAUAAAUCUGAGAUGUUUGUUCAGCAAAUACAUCAUGAGUACCGACAUCGGUCCAUGUCGCAAGGUCUGUCCGUUUUGUGAUGCGCUUCUCUUACUACAAGCGAGGUAUGAUAGUGUGCAUUCGGGCCUGUGGGUGUAAACUGGAGGGAAGAAGCUAAAUACGGAAGCUGCAACUUGACGAAUAGACCUGCAGUUCACUUUCCACAAAACGUGGGAGCGCGCAUUAUAAAUUAAAAGAAAAGAAGGAAUAGAAGAAACACACUGAUAUCAUUGAUUACAUUCGCAUAAAAAAUUUUAAUAAAGACCAGUUUUUAAACAUGUACGACAAACACAACAUUGUUUCUUGAUAACGGUUAGAAUCAUUCAAUAAAAAAGUCAUAAAACAUAAA